AUUUGGUUGUAAGCCGAGAAUUUCGUUUAUUUGUGUCGGUAGUAAUGUCGUUGUUAUUUGUCUCAUUAGCAUUAGCCAUCUAGCUAGCAUCCAUACUAAAGAACAGAUAGCAUAGGGGCCAGCUAGCCUGGUGUGUCGUUGGCUAUCACAAAGUACAAGAAAGCUUGCAUAUUCUGUUAUGAGCCACCGUGACACCUGCCUCAAUCACUUAAUCAGGCAACGAGUACAGUAAUCUGUACACCUCUUGUCUUCAACGUGUCACUGGUGUUAUUGUUGUUGUGAACACUCUAAAUAGUUUAGCUAGCCAGUCCUUUCCUAGUCUUUGAUGAAUAGGGCACUGUAUUCCAUAGAACAGGACACAAUUGUAUAGGAUAUCAAACAAUGAUACUCCACACUGUUUGAUUGUACUGUUGUCAGACACCUGAAGAUAACAAAUCAAAAAAACUUGCAGAGUUGACAGAAUAUUUGCUGUGCAAUCAAACAGACUCUGAUCUAGUUUGGAAACUCCCUCCAGUGUGGAGGUCAAGACGUCUCCUAAUGGGACACUGUGGUCUGAUAAAACGUCACAAGAGCGGAGGAGGGCAGCCUUCCCACUAUGCUGACAAGCUCUCGUUGAGUCCAGAACAGAGCACCCAGCUACUCACACACACACACUCACACUCACUCACACAUACUGACAGACCUCUGUCAGGAACACUGGAUCUGUACAGCUUCCUGGAAGCCAAGGAAUGACGUUGAUGGUCGUGGGUGUGGUCCUGUGCCUGUCAGGCUGGAUCUCUCUGUACACGCUGCUGUGUAACAUCAACGGUUCCCGUGGAUACGAGUGGAACUGUCGCCUGGUAACCCUGGUCCAUGGGAUAAUGGCGGUCUGCAUCACAGCGUACAUAGGCUACAUAGACGGACCCUGGCCCUUCACUUACCCAGGCACCAAGAACACCCCCCUCCAGAUCACCGCGUUGGCCCUGAGCCUGGGCUACUUCCUGUUCGACAUGGGCUGGUGUGUGUACUUCCAGACGGAGGGCCCUGUGAUGCUGGCCCACCACACCAUCAGCAUCCUGGGCAUCAUGCUGACCCUGGGCCUAGGCGAGUCUGGCAUCGAGUCUUGCUCUGUCCUGUUCGGCAGCGAGGUGACCAACCCGCUCCUGCAGACGCGCUGGUUCCUGCGUCAGACCGGCCGCUACGACAGCGCCCUGGGCGAUGCGGUGGACGUGGUCUUCGUGCUGCUGUUUGUGCUGAUGCGGGUGGUGGUGGGCGGGUUCAUGCUGUAUUGUGAGCUAGCCUCGCCGCGGCCCAUGAUUGUCAUCAAGUGUGGGGGCGUGGCCAUGUACACCAUGUCCUGGGUGUUCAUGGUGGACAUUGUGCGGUUCACUCUGAAGAAGAGCAGGAAUUGGGGGCGGCGCCGCGGAGAGCAGCGUCCACCGGUCAUGGUCAACGGACACGAUGGGAAGACGGACUGAGAGGAGAGGAGGGAGAGACAUGCUGACGGAAGAUGGAAUAUGAGAGAGAGAAAGGGAAGAGAGAUUGAGAGAUGCAGUAGGAAGAUGGAAUGAGACACCAGGGGACAGAGAGAAAGAGGUUGUAGGGGAAUCAAGACUGAUUGACCAGGGUAUAGAAAAAGAAACAGAGGUUGGUGAGUACAGAGUGGAUAGACUGGAGUCUUCCCUCCUAUUAUCUCUCCUCCUAGUCUAUCUCCUUUGCAGGUGGACAAGGCAGUUAUAGUGCGACUUUCUUUAUGUAACAGUGAAUUAUGGAAAUUUACAGAUUAGCAACGGACGUUUUUACUUUGUGUACCAGAGUCGAUUGAACAGAGCUACUUUCAUACAUUUGGCCUCAGCAACUGAAAGUUAGCAAAUAGUUGUGGGUGCCAAAGUGAGUCUUCGUACUGUCUAGAACUGUAUCAUGUUAUUCUCGAUGUUGGGGAUUUUUGGGGCAUCUUUUGAGAGCAUGAAACAACUGUGAAUAUAAGAAACAAAGAAAUUACAUGUUUUGUUUAAAACAACUGAUAAUGUUGAAAUAUCUUGCCACACAAACAACAAGAAAAAACAACAACCGUGGCAUAGUUCAUGUCUUUCAAACCAAAGAUGUAGUGACUGCCAAUAUACAACAAACCAAGUGGUUUCACAAGUGUAUUUCUGUGACCUGUGACCUAAUAGGGCUAAUGUUCCUAUGGAAACAGAAUGUUAGGAGAAACAUAGUUCUAGUGUCCAGAGAUUUCCGUCCGACCAUAUGAAGCGUAAAUCAUGUGUUUUGCCGUAUUUUCGGUGAAUCUGCAGCUCACAAAGGGAGCAAAAAUAGAGUGUUUUUGUCUUGGAUUAUGUCGCAUGGUAUUAUCGUUCAGUACAUAUUAACUUCACUAUCUCACUACUUUGUAUAAUCCCCUAUCAGUUUCCAGUGCAUUAUAUGAGUGGGUGUGGUGUCUGCCAAUGCUUGCAGAGAUAAUGGCUUGCUUUCCGUGUGGCAUGUUGCAAUUCUGAUAUUACAAUACUGAUGUCAGCUGGUGGCUCUCCAGUUUACACUGUACAUCUCGCCUGGGUCAAUGUAUCUACAAUUGCCUUUCUGUGACGUUUAGCAUCACUGGAUGGAUCACCAAAUACCAUAGCACUAGUUGUUGCAAUAGGGCCUUAUACCCUGUGUGUUCAUUAAUAUUUGUAAUUUACUACUUUUUUAUCAAGUGUUCCUCUAUUUUCAACCUGUGACUGAAACGGGAGAGUGUUUAACCUGUGUGUGCCUUCGUGACUUGAAUGUACCUUUUCCCGAUGUUUGUUUUCUUAUCUCAGUGUGUUCUACGUCCACCCUUGUUAAUGGAUUUCCAAUCUUAAACAAGUAAAACUUCAGAACUUUCAGAAAUUGUUGUCGUUUACGCUGAUCUGGCAGGACCUUGUGUGUAAUUGGCUCUUUGCGCGCCUGUGGUACUCUGACUAUCCACCAGAUGGCAUUCGGAAAUCAUUCACGCUUUCAUGGACAUCAGCGGACAUCAACGAGCUAUAGCUUCUUUAUCAUAAACACAAAGCCGGUUAAUCCUCUUACAACAACUCUGUGUGUAUACUAUCAAUGGUGUAUACAAUACUAUACAGUACACAUCACUCAGUGCAUUUGAGUGUUGUAAUUAUAUCCCUUUAAAUAGACAUUAUGUCUGUUCUAUUACAGCCUGUCUACUCGUUUGAACUGCUAGUUAGUAGCUAGUGUAUGUCAAUGUACUCCCAGAGAAUUGGGGAUUUGUGGAGGAAGUCAUGUUAAUAGUGUCUAUGUUGUGGUUACAUAUUAUGAAGGUAAAAUAAUACCAUCAUGAUACUAUUCUCGUGAAUAAACAAG